AUGCCUCUGCUAGCUUCCUGGGCGCAUUUUAUCGAAUGCCUAUUUGUCGGGCUCGACACCCUCUCGUUCAACUCAUCUACUUUUUACCCCUCUUCUCGCCAGUCUCCCGCCUCGGCCCCGGGCAUAUCCGACCGUCUGCGAGAGCCUAAGGUGUUAAAUGGCCAACUUUUAGCCGUCGCAUCCUUCUUGCCUACUUACCUGUCCAUGGGCCCGGUCGGCAACCCCCAAACCAUUCAGCUUUUUGGCAGUACCAGUCUCAUUUGCUUGCCCGUUUCCAACCCAAGUCAGCCCGACCCUCCAAUCUCAUCAACCGGCUCGCCGUCGUCAAGUUGGUCUCACCCUCACCAACAGGCUUUCGGCACAUCUUACUUCCAGACAUAUUAUCUCUCUAGGCCUGUAUGCUCCGUUAAAGCAACUUGA